UUUGUUUUUAUUAUGGAAUUUCGAAAUGUCAAAAUAAGCGUAGCAACCGGAUAUUAUUCACAUCAGCAAAAUUCUCAAGGUUCUCUGGACAGGCGUGUCCUAUCCAGCAGAAAGAUUUUACGUUUGGCAAAUGGCAAUAAACAUUUCGAGGAAAUCUAAUGAAGAUCCCGUGUUCAGUUAGUCCAACAAACAAAGCUCUUUUUUUGUCAGCCCUGCCAUUUUUAUUUCCUUAAUCAAAGAAUGGGUAAUACUAAUUCUGUCUCUGACAUCUCAUCUGCUACUGGGAAAAUUCAAAACCAGACAACACAGUCAAACAGAAAUUCAGCAUGGCAAGAGGGUGUUAAAGUUGGUACAUCAGAGAGUGUGAAAUAUGCUAUUCGAACAACUGACACAGAACAUGCUUCCCCAGAAUCUGAGAGUCUAACCAUUUUUGACACUUUACAACACCUCCCAAAUGAACUUACUAAUCUGAAAAUGCUUCAAGAACUCUCAGAAGACGUUUUUCGUGAAAGACAAAGAAUUAUCAAGAGAUUGAGAGACAUGGCCGACUAUCUGGAAAAAACUCACAAUGACGUUUUAAUCGCCGAUCGUGUUGGCACAGGUGUCGGUAUUGGAUCAGGACUCCUUGUCAUUGGAGGAUUAGUCGCUGCUCCGUUUACUGCUGGAAUCUCUCUUGGCCUGACUGUUGCAGGAACAACGACUGGAAUCUUGAGCGGAAUAACAUCCGCAGGAGCUAACAUUACCGGUUAUUUCUUGUCUAAAAAGGAGCUCACAUCUUUAAAAAAGGAACUGGGUGAACACUUGCUACACCUCGAAAAACUCUCAUCGUCUGACUCAAAGUACUUGGUCCGUGCAACUCGAUUUCGCCCAACAUUGGAGAUGCUAGGCAAACUCUGUGAACAAAAAUGGAUGCUGUUGUUGACAACAUUUCAAAAAUUAAUAACUCACGCUUUAAAUGGAGAUUAUGCUCAGAUCAGUCGAGCGGUAAAUCACGUUGUAGACCCCGAAAUCAAGUGCCUGAUUCAAAAACUGCCUUUACCCUUGAAUCCUGAAUCUCUACACGCUUUGGCUGAAAUCUGCACCCUUUUAAUAAGUCAAAUUCGUAGUAUCAAACAAGCCAUAGCUGCUUUCUUAAACUACUUUAAAAGACCGGAAUUGGCAAGACUAGCCAUGAUUUACGCGGGCUCAGCAGCAGCAGCGAGAGUGACAACGACUACCGGUGCUACAGCAGCUGAUCUCAUGUCUGCUUUCAAAGGAACGCCCAUGGUCAUGUCAAAAGCUGCCCGGACCGCAGCAGGUGCCUUAACCGCCGUAUUUAUCGUGAUUGAUGUAAUCCACAUGGUCAACAUUUGCAAAGAAACGGGAGCGACACCAACCGUACAGGAGCUACGGAAAAUGGCCGAUGAUCUUGAAGAGGAGAUCAAAUGUACUUCGAACGAGACUGGAGAGAAAGAGGAACAGCUCAAUAAGUCAAGUGAUAUUGCGGAAGUAAAUUCGCAAAAGAUGGAAGAAACUCAAAAAUUGGACGAUCUGGAAUUUUUUGAUUGCAGAGAAUAUUGAUCUUGAUAACUUUUUAUGACCGUAGUUUUAUGAAUAUUCGAUAUUCCAUUUUUAGCAGCUUGUUUUACAACGCACUGCGCACAAAUACACCAUAUAUUAGCUUGCAAUGAAUUCAACUUUUAUCUUAUUGAUAAGUUUAAAUGUUCUUUAACUUUACCACGUUUGGCUUGAAUUAAGUCCCAAGUAUCACAAGAAAAAAAAAGAUAAAAUACGCGAUAAAAACGUCCGCCAAAAGGUAUUUUCAUUCUAUUUAAAAUGUGGGGUGCUGCUUAAUUUUCAGUGCAAAUACAUUAAUCAGUUGUCGCAUAUCAAAGUGAAAUUCCUCCCAGUUCAAACCCCGGAGUUAUGAGCGGACAGACGAACUAGAAAUAGGACAUUAGUGAGUAGCACAUCCAACUUUCGUACUAACUGUUAACGUAUCAUCUUGCCACAAAGUUGGUCAGAAAUAGAAACGCUGAACUUCCUCAUAGUCUGACGAAUAUGAUUAGUCAACAAAUAGAGCAGGAAGGAUCAAAACAUCGAAAAGUAAUAAGACGGUAAGAAUUUUUUCCCUACAGUUAAUUUUAAAUCUUCUAUUUCCCCCCUUCCCCCAGAAAAAAAUUAUUUUACUUCGAACGAUACGGGAGAAACAGUCCAAUGGGUCAAAUGAUAUUGACGAAGAAACAGAAGUAAAUUCUUAAGAGUUGGGAGAAACUCAAAAACUGGAAGAUCUGGAAUUUUUCAUCGCCUAGAUUAUUGACCUUUGCCUUGAUGAUCUUUUCUGACUGAAAUGAUUGAAUCUGCCAUUUCUUAAUCCAUUUUUCAACACUGCGACCAAAUACAUAUAUUAGCAUAUCAGCUCUCUUUCACUCAGAGAUUACUCGUCUUGCAACGAAUCGACGAACGGAGCGCACAGUAACAAACUUAGAAAAAAGACGCUUCGCCAGAAAUCACCAAAGCACGUAAAGGACACGCAAAAUGUCAGAAAUUCUAUCUGAACAGACAGACAGAAAUGAUGAAACAUUUCCAAGUGUUUUGACACAAACAAAAAAUCAAGUCAUCAUUCAAAAUGCGUAUAAAAACAUAAAAAAGAUGUUGAGCCAUGUGACCCUCGAGCCCAUGCUCUUUUUGAAAAUGGUGGCAGAGGGAAAUGUUGCAGUGAUAGCCGACACUUUACAGAUCGAACGAGCUUGUCGUGUAAACCUCAACUUUAGCCAAGAAGAUUGUGUGUCCAUGGACGAUGGAAAUCACUCACAAAUUCAAGAAGCAGUACAAAUGUAUCAAAACAACUUCAGCUAUUAUCAAAGUUUAACGGCCAGCCUUUUGCCCGUUUUGAUUAUUCUCUUCGCGGGGUCGAUUACCGACCAGUACGGUAGGAAACUGCCAAUGAUCAUCGUACUGGGCGGAUUUGUAGUGUACGCAUUAAUUUACAUAGUAAUGAUUUUAAAUCCAUCAUGGCCAGUUGAAGUUCUCUACGCUGCUUCAAUUGCCGUCAAUGCAACAGGAAGUUGGGUCGUUUUCAACAUGGCAGUCUACAGCUAUUUAGCUGACAUAACUGCAGUAGAGACACGUACAAAACGUAUGGGCUGGAUGGACGCUGUUUGGUAUAUGGGAGGGCCAAUUGGAACAGUGAUGGGUGUAUGGCUGUACCGCUCAUACGGCUACAUAGCUGUAUUCGCAGUCUCAGCCAUUUUGUGGUUCAUCUGCUUAAUUUAUGUUGUUGUUGUGGUCAAAGAAAGCGUCGUACAGACAACUGAAACGAUGGUGAAAAGAAAACCCUUUCAACUUGUGCUCGAUUUAAGCAAAGCAGCUUCCAAAUGUUAUCCACACAGAGGUCGAUUUCAUUUGUUCUGGCUUAUUGCUAUUAAAUUGGGGGUAUUUCUCGUCCAAGGGCAUCAAGUUUAUUUAUGGGCCCGACGCGUGCUGGGAUGGGAUGCCACUCAGUAUUCGCACUGGUCGAGCGCAAAUGAUAUUUCCCAUCAAGUGGGCAUGGUUUUUUGGGUCGGAUGGGCAUCGUUUUACCACCUAUCCAAUUACACAGUCGCUGCAUUUCGAUUGGCGUCGAUCGCUUUAUGGAACAUUGUUUUAGCCUGCAUUACCGGGCCAUCAAUGUGGUGGUUGGUUAUCAUCGCAACUUUGUCAGGCGUCCUGAAGGCCAGCAUUGAACCUGCUCUUCGAGCUCUCAUUAUUACGAUACCGGACAAAAGCGACGUUGGAAAAAUAUUUGCAUUUGUUGGGCUUUUAGAAUGUAUUUGGCUGACUAUCGAUAGGUCUGUCUAUACGCAUCUUUACAACGCGUUAAUCUUGUCUUUCCCUCAGAUCAAUUAUGUGGUUGAGGGUUUCAUUGCAAUCUUGUUGAUCGUUGCACUGGUUGUACUGAAACUCGACUGGGAAAAACACAGAGAAACAACAGGACCCACGAACACAUAACUGAUUCGGCAUAGUGGACACCAACGAAGAAAGAUUGGGUGAAAGUGUGAACAGAAAGAUUUCCCAAUACAAGUUUUCGUUUUCCUACGUUUAGCUUUAAAUAAAGAAUGUCCCCAAAUAGAAUAGACACAAAAGAGAAAAUAUGCGAUAAAACGUACGCCAACGUAGGUUACUAUUAAAAUGUGGGGCGCUACUUAGUUUUCAGCAAGUUUUCAGUGCAAAUACAGUUGUCGCCUAUCAAAGUAGAAUUCCUCCCAGUGCAAGAAAUAAAUUUUCCCCGAUAUUUCACAGUUUAAUCUAAUAUAAUGUGAAAUAUGAAGUACUUUCGGAUAAAGUGACAAACCAGUGAAAUCUUGUGCUAGUUAGCAUAUUU